AGCAAUGGGCACGCAAGCACUGAACCACGUAUCUUUUCCCACCUUCCCGCCAAAACCAGUCGAGUUACCGCAACUUAACCUGCACACAACACAAACCGCUCACAUUCUCACUACCACCAAACACCGACGAUAGACAUGGACAUGGACAUGGACAUUCCCCUUCCCGAAGAGCUCGAAUUACUCGAAUCAAAUUCUCACUUCCCCGAACAAGAAGAAGACCACCACUAUUACUUCCCAGAGCUCCACUCCGCCGAAACCCACUCCCAACAACCGCCGCCAGAUCUCGCGCUUCCUCCCGAGGCCCAAUCCUUCGCCGCCAACAAGCGAUCGCGUCCGAAUCCCCCCGAAGAGGAGAAGAGAGCCAAGGUUAGGGUUUCCGUCGAGGAAGAUUCAUCCGCCGCCGACGAGGUCUGGCUCCGCCACUCUCCUCCGCCCGCGGAGGAGAAGAGACCGGAGGUUAGGGUUUCCCUCGAGGAGAAUUCCUCCGUCGCCGAUGAGGACUGGCUCCGGUACUCUCCUCCGCCGGAGCCGGCGCAGGAAACGACGUUCGCGAAGGAGCAGACGCUGUCGAGGUUCGCCUCGGAGAUCGACGGCGAGUGCAUGCCGGUCACCGCGCCCAACGGUGACAGGGUUUACGCGAAGCUGAAUCGGUUCCAAGGAGAGGACCGCGUCAUGAAGCUCGAUUGCAAUGGAUACUCUGCUGAGCUUAAUUCAGAACCAAUUAAUGCUAUACUUGAGAGGUUGGAGCAAGAGGCUUUUGCUAAGGCCUUGGAAACUAGUUCUGAAGGCCAAAGUGUUCCAGAUGUUCCUGAAGCACAAUUGGUGCAUGAGCAGCUUUGGGUCGACAAAUAUGCUCCAAAUUCGUUUACUGAGCUCCUCAGUGAUGAACAGACAAAUCGUGAGGUACUCUUGUGGUUGAAACAAUGGGAUUCUUAUGUGUUUGGAUCUGAAAUUCGAAGCACAUCAGAUGACGUUUUGGCUGCUUUGAAACGACAUUCUUCUGUUGUCCACAAUCAGAAACCUUUGAAUUCAAAGUUUCCAAGGAUGAAUGGAGGAUCCAAAUGGAGUAAUGGAAAGAGGUAUAUAAAUUCUAGAAGUAUGGAAGAGAGUGGUAGUUCAAAGAGUAUUCAAGAUGUGUGGAAUACGAAGUCAAGGAAUAUUGGUCCACCAGAACAGAAGAUACUUCUGCUCUGUGGACCACCAGGUCUAGGAAAAACAACACUUGCACGUGUAGCUGCUGGGCACUGUGGAUAUCGUGUGGUGGAGGUUAAUGCUAGUGAUGAUCGUUCUACAUCGUCAAUCGAAGCCAAAAUCCUUAAUGUGGUCCAGAGGAACUCUGUCUUGUUUGAUUCAAGGCCCAACUGUCUGGUGUUGGAUGAAAUUGAUGGAGCCCUUGGUGAUGGCAAGGGUGCUGUGGAGUUUCUUUUAAAGAUGAUUUCUGCCGAAAGGAAGCCUGAUGCUGGGAAACAAAGUUUAGGCAAAGGACAACCGGAAAGGAAGUCAUCAAAAAAGGGUUCGAAAACAGCUUCACUGUCAAGGCCUGUGAUUUGCAUUUGUAAUGACCUAUAUGCACCUGCCUUAAGACCAUUACGUCAGGUAGCCAAGGUUCAUAUAAUUGUUCAACCAACAGUUAGUCGUGUGGUAAACAGGUUGACAUAUAUAUGUAACAAGGAGGGGAUGAAAGCUAGUGCAAUUGCUCUUAGUGCUCUAGCAGAAUAUACAGAAUGUGAUAUUAGAUCAUGCUUGAACACUCUCCAGUUUCUCUCCAAGAAGAAAGAAGCCCUCAAUGUGUUUGAUAUUGGUUCUCAAGUAGUUGGCCAGAAGGACAAGUCAAAGAAUGUUCUAGACGUUUGGAAAGAAAUUUUCCAUAAGAGAAGAACAAAAAAGAUGGAAAGAAAAUCUCAUAACGGCAAGUCCUUUGAAUUUGACUACUUGUACUCCCUUGUGUCAAACCGUGGUGAUAGUGACUUGAUUCUGGAUGGAAUUCAUGAAAAUAUUUUGCAGCUCAGUUAUCAUGACCCAGUGAUGCAGAAAACUGUCAAGUGCUUCAACAAUCUUGGAGUUUAUGAUCUAAUGCAUCAAUAUAUAAUGCAUACACAACAAUUGCCCCUUUAUGUAUAUUUGCCCCUAGUAGGAAUUACUGUACAUCAUAUAGUAUCUCAAGUUCAGAAACCAAACAUUGAGUGGCCAAAGUCACAUCAAAGAUAUCGUACAAUGAUGAUGGAAAGGAUGGACAUUUUGAAUACCUGGCACCACAAAAUCCCACCGUUUAUUGCAAGGCACUUAUCAGCUAGUUCCUUUGUUGAAGACUUAAUUUCUCCAUUGUUACAUAUUCUGUCCCCACCAACUAUAAGACCGGUGGCAUUACAGCUACUAUCAGAUAAUGAGAAGAAUGAUCUUGCUCAAUUAGUUAGCACAAUGGUAUCGUAUGCUUUAACAUAUAAGACUAUGAAAUUGGAUAUGCUGCCUCAAACCCUGAAGUGUGAAGUAGCAGAUGGCUUGGCACUGUCUCUUGUUCCUCCUAUCAGUGACUUCAUAAACUUCAAGGAUUAUACUUCAAACCGUUAUGUGCUUUCUUUAUCUAUGAAGCAGGUUUUGGUACAUGAGGUUGAAAAGCAUAAGAUUUUACAAGUUACUAUUGACAAAACUGACAAAACUGACAAAACUGUGGCCUUAGCAAAUGGAGGGCAUGAAGUUAUUGAGACUGGAACUAACAGCAUUCCAUCAGCCAAUACCAAUCAAGCAACUGCUGUCGUUAUGAAAACUAAUGAAAAUCAGGUUAAUAUUUUAGCAAGGCAAUCAAAUGCAAAUCCAACAAAAGUUUCACCGAACUUGAAUUCCGAUAAAAGUGCAAGAGCAGCAGACAGUGUGAAACUAUCAAACGUAGGAAAUAUGAAAAAACCUUACAAAAGUUCCUCAAGUUUCUUUGACAGGUUUAAAAAGUCAAACGAUAAGGGUUUACAAAGUAAUGACAGAUCUCUACAGGAAGAAGCUACCUUGGAGAAAGACCGAUACCCUUUACUUUUUAAAUUUAACGAGGGCUUUACUAAUGCAGUCAAAAGACCUGUUCGUAUGCGUGAAUUUCUAUCCUAAUAAUGUGUUUAACCUUGUAAUGUUUGUUCUUUCACUUGACUGCCUUAGAAUUACUGGUUCAUCGUCAAGGGAUCUACUUGUUCCCCCUAGAUUGACUUUGUUGCAUGUUUCAGAAUCUAAGUUCUCAAUUACAUCAUGCUGACACUUUCCAAAAAGAAGGAAAUGGAGUGGCAUAUAUGAUUAGUGAAAUAUUAAUUAUCCAUACUUAUAUUAAUUUUCUAGUUUUUUAUAUUGUAAAAUUGUUAUCAAUAUUUUAUAAUAAAGUAAUUCUAGCAUUU